AUGUUCGACGCUCUCGCGCAAGCUCUAAUGCGACCGGGUCUGCCUACAGCGACCGUAGAGAGGAUCGCUUCUCGUCUUGUGGACUCCUGUGACUGUAAUUCUACGGAGAAAUGGGACUCCUUGGUGCUGGUCCUCCCAGCAGAGACGCUACCUUGUCUGGCUUUGUGCACUGCCGAAAGAUUUCCCCACCAGCCACAGCGAGCUUCGGUAGUGGUCGAGCGAAUGCGGAAGAUCCUCGAGGGCCCAGGCGGGGAGAAUCACAGAGGCCCCUACACCACUGCUGUCGCCCGACUGUCGGCGCUCGGCUACUCUUGUGACGGCUGGAGGGACCUAGUUUGCCCUGAGAAUCCUCUUGCUCAAGUCGUUGGUCUCUCGAGCAAGGUAACUCUAGCAAGGGCUCAAGGAGGUCAUCGUUGCGAAGGCCUUGAGGGGCCUCUAGUGACAGAGCUCAACCUACAAGUUGACAAGGAGGUGGCUGGUCAGGAGUGGCUCGGCGAGUUCCCACCCGUCCUACCGUGUGGAGACUUGCACGAUGCCGAGUGUAACCUGGUGGAACUGAUGGAGGUCUACAGUCCCCAUCGUCUCUGGUUCGCCAGGAGGUGUCUCGUCGCAGCGUCAAUGGUCGCCUCUCGAGAACUGACCAGCGCCCCGCUCGUCUCCUUCAUCACGAGGAAGAGCCCUACAGGAGAAGCUCAUGAAAUAUGUGUACGACACGACGUUGGUUAUGUAGCCGCCGUCGUGGACCUCCUCGCCACCUCGUUCGAAUCGGGUGAGAAAAACGAAGCGCUCUGGUGGAGCAUCUUUGCUCGGCUAUUCGACUGUUCUACAACGUCCGAACGCACUCUGAAGAUUCUCACCGAGAUCCUCGAUAAGAUGCUGCCACUGGAGAGCACUCAGUGCGCUUUCCGAACUCUCGAGAAGUUAGCUCUGGAGUCCUUCAUGGACACAGAAAGCUGUCGAAGGAGUCGCUGGGUAGCGCAAAGUCUUCACACAAUCUACCACGUUGCGAUGAGGUGCGGGAAGAACGAAAAUUCAUCUUGGCUGGAGGACAGGAGGCUGUUCAUUGUUCAUCUCAUAAGAACGGUGUCAUUAGACCUAUGCCCCGAUGCCUUACUAUUGGUGUUUGAAUGCGCGAUGAUGUUCGGCGCGAGCUGCCAACACUUGAGGUGCAUCGCAGAGGCCGCGGUCGAGGGCUGUGAGGAUGCUGAUCGUCAGACGAUGAGGUGGGACCUUCGGAGGCGUAUGCAAGGCUAUGAGAAUAGAGGCUUUAUAAUCGAAGGAUUGGAGGCAAUCGAAUCAGAUACCCUCCCCUACUGGGUCCAUCUCUCAAGCGAUGCCGUCGAGUCGUGA